AAAAAGAAAAAAAAAUUUUGAUGAAGUUUUCAAACUAAAGAAGUAACUAUGUGAAAAUACGAAAAAAAUAAACAUUAGCAUUGUAAUAAAUUUAGCAUUGUAAACCUUUUUAAAAACCUAAAAGAUAUUUUAAAUGAGAUUUUUGUAUUUUUCGUUUAAUAACAAAAGUUGAACAGAAAAGUAUUUUAUAAGUCAAUUUUUACCUAGCAGCAACUAUAACUCAUUUAAAUGGCAAUCAAUUAGAGGAAAUUUGGUAGAAAAAACAAAACUAGAAAAGGAAAAACAACUUAAAAAUAACUAAAUUUUCGACAUUUUACAUACAUUCGAGUCAUAAAAAAACGAAACAAGAAAAUGUAAAAUAAGGACAGAACAGAAAACCUUUGAUUUGUUUAUUUUACACUAAAAAUGAAUGUUUAUUCAUAUAAAUUCAACUGAAGAUACAAAAAGUCAGAAUAAAAUAAAAAAAACAGAAACCAAAAUUAAUUAUAAUGGAUUUAGUCGAUAUCGAUAAAGUUUUGGAUGAUCUUGAGCUUGAUGAGAAUAAUGUAUUUAUAAAAACAUUACAAAACUCUGACAAAAAUGAUUCAGUUUCAAAAAGUAUUGAUAAUAUUGAAAAUAAAACAAUUAAUAAAAUACCACCCCAAACCUUGAGGGGGGAAUCAUCCAAUUUGAAUAUAGAUAAUAAUAUAAAAUUGCAAACCUCCAAUGAAAUUGAUAAUGUAUUUAAUAUUGUUCCAUCGAUAUCAUCGUCAUCAUCAACUUCAUCUGCAACAACAACAACAACAGUGGGUAAUAUUUAUUUUAGUUCUUCAGGGAUAAAUCAAAAUCUUUCAAAUCAUUUUCUUAAUGUCACUGAUGGACACCCUAUAAAUAUUUCUACUGAUUUUGUAGGUGGACAAAAAACAGAACUGCAGCAGAAUGCUAAGUUAGAAAAAGUAGCUGGGAUAACAACAAGUUAUUCAAAUUGGAAUUCAAUGGAUAUUAUAACAACAGUAUGCAGUAAUAAUUCAUUUGAUUCUUUAUCAAGUACUGAAGGAGAAGGAAGAGGAGGGACUGGUGGUGGUGGUGGUAGUCAUAAUACUAUUACACGUAAUACCGUCGGUACAGGUUUCACAGUCAAUGAACGAUCACGUAAGAAUAAUGGAAAUAAUCGUAUUAUAGCUGUUUCGCAAGUAUUUAAUAGUUUAGAUGAAUAUCGUAGAGAUGUUGAGAGUUUAUGUGUUGACAUAAAUAAAAUUAAAACAACUGAGGAAAACUUAAAAAAUCAUGAUCAAAAUUCAUCAAAUAAUCAAAAUAACAUUGAUACUAACAUUAACAGUGUGCCUCAGUCAAAAAAUUUUAAAGCAAUAGAUCAUGAAAAAAAAUCCCCGAAUGAUGCAAUUUCUAAAUCGGAAUCAGAAACUGAUAUUAAAUCUGAUAUAUCCGAUUUACAACAAGAUGAAACGGAAAAGUUUGCUAGUGAAUAUUUUCUAGGAAAAAUGCUGGAAGAUGAUGACAGUGUUGACGGUCUUACUUCAUCUAGUUCAAUAACAACAUCGUCUCCUUCAUCUUUUUCAUCUGGUCCAUCUCCGCGUUCACCAUCUUCUACUGAUUGUAUAGUUGAGAAUGAUUUAAAUGAAUUGAAUGAAUAUGAUGGUGAUGGUGAUAUAUCAUCAAUACAAUCAAAUAAUUUUUAUAAUAAAUCAGAAGAGAUUUUACAAAGGAAUCCAGCAAAAGAUAAUUUAGCCUCAAUAUUGACAGCCAAAAAAAACAAAUCUAAUGUAAAUAUUUCUAAAACAACUAGCGCUGAAGAAGAUGAAAUUUUAGAAGACAGUAAUUGUCAAAAUAGCAUUGACUUAGUUGGUUUAUCAUCAAUAUCAUCAAGUUUGUAUAUUGAAAAUUCAUUCUCAUCAAUUCAGUCUGAGUUACAAGAGCAAGACGAACAAAGCAAAUGCUCAGUAAAAUUAAAUUCGAAUCUAUCAAAUGUUAAAAUAAAUAAUGCAUCACCAUCAAUUCAUAAAGUUAAAUUAAAAAAUGAUAAAAUACAAGUUAACGAUGAUGAUGUUAUUAGUAAUGAAUCUAAAGAAGUUGAAUUAAAUAAAAAUUGUGAUAUAGGUGAUAAAAUUAAAGAUAAUAAUUUGUACAUGAAUGAAAAUAUUAUUGAAUCAUUUUCAAAUGAUAUUGUUAAUAAAAAAGAUUGUAGUUUGACUGAAGAAAAUCAAUUGGAAAUCAAUUCUAUUAUGCAAAAAAAUGAUGAGUACAAGGAUAAUAAUUUAUCACAAAAACAUAAUUAUAAUCUUCCGAUUACAUUCGGUUCAACAAUGGACGAAAUUUCAGAUACUGAAUUAGAUAGCAUGUUACAAGACAUUGACAAUGAGUUACAGAAUAGUGCAUUCAAUAAAGAAAAAUUAAUUCGAAAAAACGAAAUAACAGAUUCUCAAGAAGCAGGUAAUGAACUUUCGUAUAAAGAAGAAAAUAACGAUAAAAAGAAUAAUGAGUCAAAUCUAAAGAUUAAUGUUUGUUUAAAUAAUAAAAUUAAUGCUUCCAAAACAGAUAUCGAGGAUUCAUUUGAAACCCCAAAAAAUUGUCAAAACAAUCCGCCAUCAUCUUAUAAAGAUGAAUCAAAUCAUUUAACGCAAGAGUAUGACAGUGCUGAUGAUAUCAAAGUUAAUUCAAAAUCUAUUGAUGACGAUAUAAAUUUACAAAAUGCGGAUAGUUUUUCACAAGCUUCAACAAUUGAAUUCGCUGAUUUACAAUUACAAAACGACUUAGGUAUAAAUGAUAAUGAAAUAAUUAGCAGUGGUGCUGGACAAUAUAAUGUAUAUAAAAAUAAUAACAACAAUAAUAAAAGUAACAGAAUAAACGAAGAUAAUGAUAAUAAUAAUUUAAAAUUGAAACAAGAAUGUGAUAAUAUAGUAGUAGAUUUACUACAAAAUUCUAUUAUUAAUGAUACCCAGUUGUCAAUAAUUGAAAAAAAUAAUAUUCAACAAGUAGAAUUGGAAAAUUCUGAAACUAAUGUAUCAAAAAAGGAUAUAUUGACGCAAAAUUCUCGUAGACCAAGAAUAUUAAAUUUACAUAUAACAAAUUCAACUGGUUUAUCGAAAAAUUCUCCUACAUUAGAAUCAACAGUCAGUAGACUUGAUGUAUUAGAUAUAGAUGGAACGGCUGGACAAACUCCACCAGCAUCUGUUAUAACAAAUUUAAAUUCAACUUUAUCUAAUUUAACACAAGGCAUAUCACCAACAACAGUAUCACCAAGUAAAAUUUCAAAUCAGUUAGAGAAAAAUGAAGAGAAUUAUAAUGAUUUAAGCAACAUAAUAGAAAGUUCAGAAGAUAUUUUGCAAAAUAUUUCUUCUGAUAACAUAAAUUUUAAAAAUGAUAAUGAAUUGGAAUUACCAAUAGAACAAGAUAUGCAAAAUUCCACAGCAACAACAACAACACAGAUGACAACGAAAUCUUCUUUAAAAACACCAUCACCAUCAUCAUUAUCAAAUUCAACGAAAAGAAAAAAUCAAAUUGGCAAAGUUCCACCAUUUUGGAUACCAGAUUGCGAAGCAUCAUUUUGUAUGCAAUGUAAACUAAAAUUUUCUUUAAUUAAACGUCGUCAUCAUUGUAGAGCAUGUGGGCAUGUUUUAUGUUCUUUAUGUUGUUCUCAAAAAGCAAAACUUAAAUUUUUAGGUAAUGAUAAUGAAGUAAGAGUGUGUGUUAGAUGUCAUUUAAUAAUAAAUAAUACUGAAAACAAUAUUGAUGACAGUGGUGAUAAGCAAUCAAAUGAUACAAUAUCAGAAUUAGGUGCUGUUGGUGGUGUUAUAUCAAAUGACAAUAAUGUACAGAAUGCAAUUAAUAUUAAUGAUAUAAAUGUACAAAGAAAUAAUUCUGCUAACAUUUUAACGAGGUCUCCAAACCCAAAUAAUCCAAUGGAAUAUUGUUCAACAAUUCCACCACAUGAACAAGUUAAAAAAAACCGUUUUAAUAAUAAACCAAUAUCAGUUAUGGUCCCAGUUGGCGUAUUAAAACGGGAGGGUACUCUAUCAAAGGGUCGAAAAGAUAAAAAUGUUAUAUUCAGUGAUGGUAUACGACCUGGAUGUGAUUUAGCUGAUUUAGAUAACAGUUGGUUAGAGAAAAGUGGCGGUGGAGGAAGUAGCAAUUUGCAAACUAGUAUAAAUAAAAAGAGUUUGAACGAAAAAGAAUAUAUACAGCCUGCUAAUCUACGGAUAUCACGAAAAAUAUUACCACAGUGCGAUGAAAAUAAUUCAUACAUACCGAAAGAAGUGAAUGCAUUACCACCAAUAUAUGAAAAAAUUGCGAAAACAUAUGAGUAUGAUUAUAUUGAAGUUGCUAAUAAUAACAGUUUAAUUGAGCGACUACAAAAGGAGUGUGUAAAAUUCGCAGUACAACGUAAUUUUUAUGUCUAUGUUAAAAUUGUUAAAUUGAAAUGCUGCGUUAAUAAAACAGUUAUAAAUUUUACAACAAAUGGGAUGCAUCAUGUUGGACAAGAUGAAAUAAUAAUUUUAUUAGAAUAUGAUAAUAGUAAUUUAAUACCAAAAGACAUAUUCAUUCAUUUAAAUGAAAUAUAUCGUAAUGCUGAUAAAGGACAUCCAAUAACGGAAUUAGGAUAUACAAUAUCAAAUCAACAAAAUUUUUUGUGUAAUAUAGGAACAACGAAAACUGUACAAUCAACAACAACAAAUGGCGGUUUUUUAUAUAUACGUGCAACAUUUCAAUGUUUACAAGAAAUACAAUUACCCGAUCCACCAUUUCUAAUUGGUAUUUUGAUACAUAGAUGGGAAAUACCAUGGGCAAAAAUUUUUCCUCUAAGAUUAAUGCUACGUUUGGGUGCACAAUAUCGUUAUUAUCCAAGCCCACAUUUGUCAAUUAGAGGACGAAAUUCAGUUUAUGCAGAAAUUGCUCAAACAUUUAUUAAUUAUUUAGCUGAUUUUCGGAACUAUUCAUAUACAAUACCAUUUAUUAAAGGAAUGUUUAUACAUAUGGAAGAUCGUAAAACCAGCGUUUUAAUACCAAAAAAUCGUCAUGAUCAAAUUUUAAAAGCAUUAAAUAAUUCAAGUGAUUACAUUUUGGCACUAGGUGGAAAUUUUUCGAAAUGUGCAGAUGGUCAUUUAGUUUGUAUACAAAAUUUAGAAUCUGAUUGUCCAGACUCACACACAUAUUCAACACAAGCUAUUAAUAUACAAGGACAACCCCGAAGAGUUACUGGUGCUAGUUUCAUUGUACUUAAUGGAGCUUUAAAAAGUAAUAGUGGAUUAUCUGGUAAAUGUAGUAUUAUUGAAGAUGGUUUAAUGGUACAUAUUCUUCCACAAAAAAUGCAGUUAAUAAAUAAAAAUUUAAAAAGUAUGCAAGAUAUUGAUAUAAGAUGUGGUCCAAUUGAUGUUGAUGAAUCACAAACCGAAACGGUUUCUAUACAAUGGGUUGAUGAUGACACUGAAUUUAAUAUGGGAGUCACUUCACCAAUUGAUGAUAAAAAAUUGGAUGGUAUUUCAAGUAUUCGUGUUCAUUCUGGUUUAAAUUAUUCUAAUUCAAAUUUUAUUAUACGUUGGACUGAAGUUUUUCUUAUUCAGGUUAAAGAGGAGCCUAUACCUGGUAAAGUACCGAUUGAUAUUUCAAAAAUAUCUGAACAAAUUGCGAGAAGUGCAUCAACUGCAUUAGUACCCUUACUAGAUUUAUUGGAAGCUAGUGGGUGUAUUAAAAUUGCAUUGAGAGUUACGCUUCAUCAAGAUAAUGUUUGCUAUGAAGCUGGCAGCAAAAAUUUUAAAUUGGCUCCAUUAUAUAUGAAUGCAUUGGAUAAUGAAUUAAUUCCCAUACUUCAUAAGCAAGCAACUCUGUAUGAAAUAAAUAACCCUAUUAUACUUGAAUUAAUAUUUCAUAUACUUUAUAAAUAACAAAAAAGAUAAGAGAUUUUUCUUCAUAUUUUCCAAACAAAAUUAUAUAAAAAAACUAAAAGCAAAAAAAAAUUAUGUUAAUUAGAAACUAUUGAAAAAUUUUAAAAUAUCAUAGAUUAUUUUUCAAAUUGAUGACGGUGUGUGUUAUUUAAAUUAUAAUUUUUAAAAAAGUAAUUUGAAAAUAAAUAUUGCAUAUAACUACUAUGUAUUAAGAAAAUCUGUUAAUAUUAAAAAUUCUUAUAUAUAUAAAUAUGUAUAUAAAAAAUAAAAAUUUUCCUAUACUUAAUGUGUAAAAAAAAAGAAAAACCUAUAACAUUAUAAGUAUUGUACUAUUGAUAAAAAUAAAAACGCAUCGGGAUAAAAUUUAAACAUUAUUUUGUAAUUAAAGUAUUGCUUAUUUCUAGUUAUUUAGCUUUUUUUAAUCAUUUUUUAAUCACAUAAAAUGAUGAUGAAUAGCAGAAAAUAUGCGUGAUAUUAAAUAAUGGAAAUUCAAAUUAAAGAAUACAAUUAAGUAAUAUAAUACAAAUUUAAUUGUGUAGUAGUGAGUAUAUAAUGCAUGAUAUAAAUUUUGUAUGCUACGCUGUUUUGCAAUUUAUAACAAAUUUUUUUUUGCAGUUAUAUUAAUUUCUUAAAUUUGAAUCUUAGGCGAAGUAAAAUACAAAACGUGUUUAUUUGUUUACAUUUUUGUUCAAUUCAUAAGCUAAGUCCCCCUGCAGUGUUACACAGACUUUUUAUUUAUUUGAAGCAAAAAAAACUUUGUUAAAGAUGUAUAAUUUAAAAAUACAAUUCUACCAAAAUCAGUCUUUUUUGGCAAAAAUAUAAGUUUAAUAAAACAUAUACCCUAGCAGUUUGUAUCUUCCAUACGAUAGAUAUUCGCACAUUUCGCAUUGUUUUUGGCCUUACGAUUAAAUAUUUAAAAUGUUGAAUGGUAAAACAUCUUGCAUGUGUAAUUUUGUUAAAUAAAUGAUGUGACAACUUCAUAUUUUAGUUUAUUAUAUUAUAUUAAUUGCAAGAAAUUAAAGAAAAAUAACAAAUACAAAAUUUUAAGUUUCUUAUAUAGUUUUGAAAAGUAAUAAUUUAAAAAUACCUAUGUACUUAUUUGAUUUUUUUCAUUCUACGUCAUUUAACUGGGUAUAUCUAGCUAAUAAUUUUUAUGUUCAAUUGCAAUAAUAAAAAGUCGCGACACUUUAAAAUUUAUUAAGGUUCGAAUCGUAUAAAUUAAAUUUCAUUUAAUUAUAUGAAAUAUUUCUUUUAAAAAGUUACAAGAUAUCUUUUGCUUGGGAAAAUCGUAAUCUUCUUAACAAAAUCUGGAAUUUUGCAAUAAAUACAUAUUUUAAAAUAACUUUUAUUAUACCAAACCUAAUUUUCAGUUUAUAUUGUAAAGAAAGAAUGAAAUAAUUUAUAGAUUCAGAAUAAAAUUUUUAAACAAAAAUUUAAAAAAAAUAAAUAAAUAAACGAAAGAUAUUUUCAACAACACUUUUCAAAUUCGGUAUAAACCAAAUGUUACACGUAUUACUCGUAGCUCUAGUGUUUCCCUAACUACAUUUAAAUACCUAUAUAGUAUGCAAUUUGUUGCAUAAUUGAUUCCAAUUUAAUAUCUAGUCUAUUUUUAUCUAUCGGACUCGUUGCAAUGUUUUAGACUUUUCAUUGUUUAUUUGAACGUUUUUCAGGUAUUGUUAUUAGAUGUGUUAAAUAUUUAUAAAAAUUUUCACAAAUGUUAUUUACUAAUGUUAUAUUAAAUAUGUAUUUAAAAAAUUCAAGGUUAAUUUUUUUAAUUUUAUGAAAAUUUAUGAAAUUUUUGAUUUUAUUUUCUAUAGCGAUUUUUAUAGUUUUUAAACGAAUCUGUGAAACUAAUGUAUGAAGAAUAUGUAUUUUAUUUUUGACAAGUUAAAUCUAGUUU